GCUGCGCUCUCUCCCUUCCGUCGGUAGCCCCGGCGCCGAGUAGCGAUUUGUGUGAGAGGGAAGAGACGAAGACAGGAGGAGGAGGAACACGACUGGUUAUUCUUAAUCACUCUGCUCGAGCUGCUAGGGAAUUGGCAUUAAUCUGCUCGUGAGGGAGUGACAUAUUGAGUAGAACAAGGAGUCGGAAGGAUGGAAUGAAAGUAAUUCAUGUGGCAAUAAGCAAGAUUCGGGAGCUCUUGAAGACAUUGAUUCCUCACCUUCACGGAUCCAAGCUUUUAAUGCCAUUGCAGUUAUGAAUGGCUUGCCCUCAAAGCAUGGUAUUCCUCUUGACAUACCAACUCGGUGGAACUCCACUCUUAAAAUGGUUGCAGAAGCAUUGAAAUAUAAGGUUGUUCUGAAUAGUUAUGCAAAUCAAUAUGGUGAACUUCCCCCAAGUGAACAAGAAUGGGAAAAGGUGGAAACAAUAUGUGAAUUCCUAAGGGCUUUUGAGGAGGCAACAAAUGUCGUAUCUGCUGAUAGAAAACCAACAGCCCAUGCCUUUUUGCCACUAGUGCUUUGCAUUCGGCAUGCCUUAAAUGACCCUGGGUGGCAAACAAAUAAUUUUAUGAAAGACUUGGCUGCAGCUAUGAAGUUCAAAUUUGAGAAGUAUUGGGGUUCUGAUGAGUCUGAAAUGUCUAAUCCUCGCAACAAGAAAAAGGAUUAUGACUUCAACCUUGCAAUUGUUAUUGCCACAAUGUUGGAUCCCCGAAGAAAAAGUGACUACCUGGAGUUCUUUUAUCAUAAGAUUUGUAACACCGAAGACCAGGCUGAAAAAUGUGUUGACUCAGCUCUAGAAUGGAUUAGGAAGUACUAUCAAGAGUAUGAGCGACGUGUGAGGAGAGCUACUUCGCACCAAGUGACAUGUUCAAGUGAUGGGAGUCGCACCAUGGGUUCACCCAUGCUUGGAAAGAGGCAAGUUGAAGCAGAGUAUUCUACUUUUAAGUCAUGUCGGAGAAUGACCCGUGCAACAAAGUCUGAAAUUGAGACAUACUUGGAAGAGGAUACCGAGGAGGAUAGUGAAAACUUUGAUGUUUUGGCAUGGUGGAAGGCACGCACAGAAAAUUUUCCUAUGCUAUCAACCAUGGCUCGAGAUUUUCUCGCAAUUCCUCUCAGUACAGUAUCUUCAGAAUCAGCCUUCAGUUUGGGAGGUAGGUUACUUGGAGAUGCAAGAAGCUCACUGACCCCCGAGACGUUGGAAGCUUUGGUGUGUGGGAAAGAUUGGCUGUACAUGGAAAAAAUUAUGGACAAUGAAAACAACUUGGUUCAUGCUGGGCAGCUUUGUGGUGUUGGUGUGAGCAUGACAGGAAUGUCACCCCAGCCACUUACAUUGCAACUCACGGGACAGAUCCACCUUCCAAUCAAGGUUCUGGUGCAGAGGGUGUCCAUUCAUUGUGAAAGACGUAAGAGGAGGGCAUCUCAGGGUGGACACAUCUUCUUUCAAAACCUUAGUCUUCUUGGCUAUCCCCUGUUUGGCUGUUUCCACUGGAUGUUGGUGCUCUAGUUUGCAUGCUGAAAGACAAUGUCGCGGUGACAAUCACAUUGGCAUGGAACGAUCUAGCUCUAUAUCCUGUGUUCUCUUGCAUAUCUCAGUUGGCUUGUGUAUGAGUUGAUAGAAAAGAGGAUUCUAUUUAUUUAGAGGUAUCUUGUAGAACUUAUGUACCAUUCUAUGGUGAUGCAGUGAAAUUCUUAUGUCCAGUUAGGUCCAUAUCACUGUUAAUCGAUGAACUUAUGUACCAUUCAAAAAUCUUAUGUACCAUUCUAUGGUGAUGCUGUUGGUUACCCGUGCAUGCAUGCUAACCGUAGUCUGGAAAAUGGUUUUUUAAUGGGUUGAACCCAUGGAUCGGCCGCUGGAC